UUGGGCAACCCAUACAGUACAUCAACUCACCACUCAACUUUGGCGCCCUGGAUGGGGGAACACACCAGAGUGGGAACCAUCCUUCCUAAAACAGAGUGCAAAAAAGCGUUAACAAAGACUACAGAACAUAGAACUCAACCCAUAAAGGAAAUAAAUGAGGACAUCAUACUGCAAAUCUUGGACUCCAAAAAGUGUCCUAAAAAGGAUCUCCAGGAUGCUUGUCUUGCUCUGGGUGUCUCCUCUGAAGGGUCCAUAGCAGAUUUGACAAACAGACUUCAGGAGCUGUUGAAUUUCAAAGAUGUUUACUCAAAGCUUUUCGUAAAACUACAAAAAGCUGGUGAUGGUGUUCUCCAUUUCUCAUGUAUGCAUGGAGUUGUCUAUCAUGUCAACUUCCUCUUCUGGAUGGAGUCUGCAAGAGACCACUGUGACGGACUGCUCAGUUUCAAAAGAUUCCCGACAUGUUACAUAUCUGAUGUAGCUGGACAGGUCGCACGUCACACUAACAACCGCACAAAUCAACUAUUUUUCAAGCUGCAUGAUGGGAGACUCUGUUCACCUACCCAGGACAAUACAAAUAAAGCAAAGACAAAAGAACUACAAGCUGAAAUGGAUCGGGUAAAACAACUGAGAUGUCCUUUGCCACAACAACCAGAGGCAAAUGCGGAAAGAAUGUCAGCUAAACAUCCAGUCACAGGAACGUCUGAAAGGUUUUCUCUGUAUGACAGGUUUCAUCAAAAAAAUCAAAAACGUCAAGAAGAUAAGCUGAGAAGCCUCAACAUUUGCUCUACCCUCAGAAAAGAAAUUAACUCUGCUGUAGCAGAACAGUUUGAUCGUGAACUUGCCUCUGCGAGGUAUUCAUUGUGCCAAAUGACUGAAACACAUUUCAAGCAGACUCUCAGGGUCUUGAUAGAAUUGCACAAUAACAUAAACACCCAGCUCAAAUCAGAAAUGGAGACCCUGUGUAAUGCCCCACUGUCUUUGGGAUUGAGUGGCAUGUUGGGACUGCAGCCUGCUGGUAAUUUGAUCAACAUGCAUGGAAACGCACCCAUCCAAUAUGGAGAGCUCUGCCUGCAUCAAAAAGGAUACAAAUGUGACAUCCUCUUUUGUUGCCCAGAGAUAUAUUGUGGAUGACAACAACAACAAGGUAAAUUUAAAAAAUAUAAAUGAUUUUUCUACCUAUUUGGUUUACGCACAGCCUUCAGACCUGCGGAGAAAA